AUGUAGAGAAUUCAUAAUUUCUUUAGAUUCUCAAGAAAAAUUCGCCUCUAUGUUCAAAGUGAAAUAAAUCCACAGAUCAAACUUACCAUAGAUGCUACAGAAGGUGAGGUUUUGGCAAAGGAAUUAAAAAGACACAAAGUGCCAUUACCUUUUGAGUGUGGAUUCUCAUGUUCAUGUUCUACUUGUUCAGUGUUAAUAGCUAAUUCGAAUGACUUUAGCAACAUUUAGAUUGCCUAACCCCAGAGUUAAGAGGAAAUCAAUGUGUUGACAACGGAAGGAAAGGGUGGAAGAGUGCGUCUGUCUUGUUAAAUCAAUGUAUGCAAGGAAUUGGAUGGUGUUACAUUAUUAAUUUGAGUAUUUUUUAACUUAUGAAGAAAUGUUAUAAAUGACCUUCUUAAA